UUUGUAAAUCAAAACUUAAUCAGAAUUGAGUUAAAAAAGAAAAAAAAUAAAGAAAGAAAUGGGAUCAGUUAAUGUUGGAAUAUUGGUAUUAGGGAUGUUUUGUUUGCUGUCUUUGGUUGAUGGAAAAUAUGGUGGUGGACGUCGACGUGGAGGUGGCCCAUGGAUCACUGACGCUCAUGCUACUUUCUAUGGCGGUCCCGACGCUUCUGGUACUGCAGGUGGGUCAUGUGGAUAUGGAAGUGGGUAUGACUAUGGGAGUAUGACGACGGCGUUGAGUCCAGCAUUGUACGACAAUGGGCUAAGCUGUGGUGCUUGUUUUGAGGUUAAAUGUAUAAAUAACCCACAAUGGUGCCUUCCCGGCUCCGUCGUUGUCACCGCCACCAACUACUGUCCUCCCGGCGGUUGGUGCGACCCUUCCCUCCAUCACUUUGAUCUCUCCCAACCUGCUUUCCAAACCAUUGCUAAUCCCAUCGCCGGGGUCGUUCCCGUUGCUUAUCGCAGGGUUAAAUGUGGAAGGAGAGGAGGAAUAAAGUUCCAAAUAAAUGGGAAUCCAUAUUUCAAUUUGGUAUUGAUAAGCAAUGUGGGAGGUGCUGGAGAUGUUCGUGCUGUUUACAUCAAAGGGGGUAGGGGAAGGUUUAAUUAUUGGAAGGCAAUGACUAGAAAUUGGGGUCAAAACUGGCAAAGCGAUGACUAUCUUAUUGGGAAACCCUUGUCUUUUAAGGUCAUUACUAGCGAUGGUCGCUCACUUGUGUCUUACAAUGUUGCCCCUCCCAAUUGGUCAUUUGGACAAACCUAUAUUGGCAGACAGUUCCUUUGAAAAACAAAAAAACAUUUCAAUUUAGAUCAUAUAUAUCAUCUUAGAUUUCGUAGUUUAGAUGUUGCUUAGAUACUUAUUUAGGUUCGGGAGUGAGACGUAUUAUAACCAAGUCAUUGUUAUAAUCGUAUUGUAUUCAAUUGCUCCGAUCUUUAACUAUCAAUAAAACCUCCUCUUAUUGUUUCUUAA